AUGGGCAUGUUUCUAGGGCCUCCCCCGGCUGAUCCCCUCCGAAUACGUCUCGCGCACGCCUUGGGCUUCCCGAAUUACCCCAACGAUGACACCGUCGAACCGUACAUCAACUACCUUCUGAACCAGCACGAUGCUCGUGGUACUCCAGAAUACGAAGAUCUUCUCAUAACCAUAGUACAAUACUUCCAUGGCCCUCAGCCCCUUGGGUCAAUGAAGAGGAGCAUUGAAGGGCUGCUACACUCGCUAUCCAACCACCCGAACACACAAUGGCACGAAGAGGACACGGUAGUGCGCGCUAUUGGCAGCUGCACACUGUUACUGAGCUCGUUCACCGAUCUACCAACGGUAGCCGGUAAGCUCCGAAUGGUGACGGCAAGCUACAAUCUGCGCAUGCACGGAAGCCUGCUGGGUGGCCAGCCAUACUUCGAGAGCUUGGCAGAAUUGGUAGCGGGCAGCGGCUUGCUACCAGCGCCUGUUGCAUUCGCCUCUGUGGUGACCAUGGCAGAUUUAGAGUCCUUGGAGUCGCUCUUUGUUGACGCCACCCACCUCAACGCGUACAGGUUGACUGUGUUCGGAGCAGUGGAAAUCACCUGGACUCACAACAUCUCCCGGCACCUCCUGCUAUCGAACCGCAACGGACGUCGCAUACUUGAGAUCUUCGCGCUACCAUGCGCCUUAGAUGCCGCUCCCCUUAGGAUGGUUGGUGUUGGUAAUGAGCUGGCGCAAGAGGUCAUGGAGUCAUACAGCUUGCUAUUCAACGCCUGGCCCUCAUUGGGUCCUCAUGCUAAGCUUGGUUUAUGGGAGUCGACGAUCAAACAUUCAUGGCCGCUGCCCUUUUCCGAUCUCGAUAUCACGCAAGACACCGAUGGCUCGCUCUUCCAGACAGCGUCCCAUCUGCCAUCAGAGCUCCACGUCAUGCUUGAUGAUCACGUAAUUGCCGGGCAAGAUCCGCUAUACGCUCUCGCACCUAUACUCUUGUUUGCAGCCGCCUCGGAGAUUCAGCUACUAUCGACACUGCAAAAAUGGUACGACAUAAUCGCGUCGACGAAAUGGGAUCGGAAGUACUCAACGGAGCAUCUGGAACAACUCAUCAUGCACAAACACCUCCUGGAUGACCACGCAAGUCGACAUGAAGAAGUUAUCCGAUUCAUCAGCUCGCCAAAGCUGGCUCGAUGGGCGGCCAAUCUCACACAAGACCAGAGCGAUGUAGCUCAGGAAGCCAAAGAUGCAGUCAAGGCCGACUUUGAAUUCCUUCGAUCGCGUUGCCGCCAGCUGUCGUUGCACUACCAGGAAGCGAUAUCGAUCCUAGUCAGCGCCACUUCUCUCGCGGAGUCGCAGAAACAGAUUACGCUUGCUACGCAGGUCACGAAGCUGACUAUACUUGCGACCAUCUUUCUUCCGCUUUCGUACUGCACUUCGAUAUUCGGCAUGAACUUUGUUGAGCUGGAGCAGUUGAAUAUAUGGAUCUGGGUAGUAGUCACAGUGUCGAUUGGACUCGCAACUUUUGCUAUUUAUCAGUGGGACGAGAGGCAAAGACUGUGGGACUUGUGGGCCAAGGUGAAGGCCAAGUUUCGAUUGGUGCGCUGGCAACACGAUCUUUCAACGACAGUAUAA